CCUUCGUCUCGUCUCGCCGAAGCAGUCACUCGCUCGUCCGAAAGCGCCCUGCGGCUGAAUGUCUGUCUGUCUGACAACUGAGGGGCUGAGAAUGACAAUUCAAUCGUUCCGUGUCGCCAUGCGGGUUGGAGGACUGGGAAUGUUAGCGUCGCUGAACCGCAUCCAAUGCUGUUGAAAAGGGGGAGGAGGGACGCCAUGCCCGGUCCACCUUCUUGCGCGGGGAGCCUGUCAUUACCCCAACUGGCUGCAUAAUCCGUCCCCAGAACCCCGCUCCGCUGGCAGCCAGGUACCAGGACACCAACUGUCCCGAUAUCCCCGCUCCCUCCCCGAAGCCGACACUAUCAGGCAGAAUCAGCAUGGUCGCCGAACUCAAACAGACGGAUCCGGAAGGUACCGCAAACUUAGAGCUCUUCAGGGACUGCCUCUCCGCCGUGCUCGUCAAGCGUCUCUCCCCCUCGCCGAGCAAGAAGCCCCGGAGGAAGUCCAGGCCCAGGCGUUGUGGUCCCCACCCAAAAUCUAACGCCACCGGCUGCCACGCCCGCAGCCCCGAGGAGUCCGUGGGCGCGGGGUCGGGCGCGCCACUUUUCGGGCGCAUCCUCAAGCCAUCAGCCGCAGCGAUCCUGCCCGUCACUGAUGGCGACACGCGAGACGGCGACGGCGCUGAUGCUGCUACCGCCGCCGAAGAGCUUGGCGAGUUCAUCGAUUACAUCGCCGCCUCCUCCUUUGCGGCCCUCCCGGAGGACCUUCGCUCGCUCAGCCACCGCGGCUGGGCCGAGGACCAGGCCCUGAGCUCCAGAUAUCCGCUGCCCCUGACGGGCGGGUCCCUCCCCAACGUCCUGCCGUGCGCCCUGGACCCGCACGUGGUCGACUCGCUGCAGGCCUACGGCGUCCUUCCCUCGUCGUCCCUGUCGUCGUCGUUGUCGCCGUCGUCCACCUCGGCGGCAGAGGACCUCCUAGCCCCAGUCCUGAAUGACUACAUCGAGGCCGCCACCGCGCCCCCGCCGCCGCGCGUGGCGCGCGGCGCCGCCGAGGCCUGCGAGAUGUGCGGGCGCGGCUGGAUCAACCUGUCGUACCACCACCUGAUCCCGCGCAUGGUGCACGACAAGGCCGUGCGCCGCGGCUGGCACCGCGAGGACGAGCUGCAGAACGUCGCGUGGCUCUGCGGCGCCUGCCACCGCGCCGUCCACCGCUUCGCGCGCCACGAGGACCUCGCGCGCCACUACUACACGGUCGAGCGCCUGCUGGCCCAGGAUGAGCUGGCGGCCUUUGCCCGGUGGGUCGGUAGGUUGCGCUGGAAGAAGAAGUAGGCGGGGUUUUUGCCCAUCAUGAGAGUGCAUGAUUCGGUAUUCAUCCUGUGUGCAAAGUGUUCCCCGGACCAGGGACUCGAUCUGGCAUUCUUGUGAUUUUAUUCGACUUUGUCAACUCCCAGGAAUGCCUACACAACCUGGCGGCGAGGUCGUUCUGAUUUGGGGCCCAGUGUGGGAAUGGGCAAAUGCCACAAUUAACAAUUCGAAUCUAACUCGCUCUCCGGGUGGCGCGGUUGUAAAAAGGGGAAGAAGAAGAAGAAAAGAACAAGACAAAGUAAACAAACUGCCUUCCCGCUGCAGUUCACGAAGCCGCCUUGGCCGUCCACAGGCCAAAAGAACAAAAGAGAACGAGAAAGAAAUUUGUUAUACACGCAACCGGGCGCUGCUGAGCCCCGGCUUUGCCUCUCCCGAAACCCUAGUGCUUCGCUUUUGAGUAAUUCUCGGGAUCAAGAAAAGCCCCUGCGUCGCUCCCAUCUCCCUCCGCUUACGGGAGCAAGGCACGCGCCACGGCGAGGGC